GUGCUGCAUGUGGUUUUCGGCUGCUGAAUUAUCGCAGACGCAUGAUCCUGGUUUGAACUCUGACUUCACGCUCAGAAGCAACAAGGAAUCACCCGACUGCGCCUCGGUGACGAAUCUUUGCGCAUGCGGCACAGGUCGUCGAGAGAGGACGUCUCGUGGCAGACCUUGCGCCACAGCAAGUGGCCCAGCUGGACACUUUUCAGUGUACUUAUAUCAGAUGCACCUGCGCUACUUGAACACUCGAGAACCCACACACAAGGGGCAUCUUCGCUUUCAAGACAACGAAAUGAGUCCAAACUAUCAAUCAUGCAAAUCCACCCCGGUAUGGCGAGUUGCUGUCGCCAAUUGAGCAAUAGCACCGUGCAGUUCAUACCCGAGUGCUUCUCCUGGUGCAAUCUGGAAGCAGUCGUGAAAGCCCACGAGUCUUCCUCGCGGGCCCACAACAGCACCAGGCUACUUAACGUGCCGAGUAUAUUCCGCCACUGUCUCAACGAUUUCGAUUCGUCGCAGGAUGAGCCCGACGUGACAUGCGACGCUGCGCCAGUGGUGAUUUGGCCUCAUCCCACAACAACGAGUUCUCCUGUGUUUUUCGAUCCCACCGAACGGGCGACAUUGCGACCAACGCCCGUCUAUUUGAACGCUGCGGCACACGCGGCUGGGCUGAACGGGACUAUUUCGGCUGUUUUACUUACUGUGCUUCUCAUCGCAGGCCUGCUCUCGUCAGGAGCGCUUGCAUUCUCCUGUCAUUCAACAAGUUCCGGCCGGCGUACCAGAAUGCCUUGUGAGAGCUCACUUGGGGACAGGCGAUGAAGUGUUCUGAUCGGCGAUGCUAUGUAUCGGAAGUGCGGCCAAACACGAGAGAAGCGCGAAAUCCAGCCGUUGAUGCCUCAGGUUUCAUUCACCCCCGUCCCGACGUCAC